CCUGUACCAAAUCCCAAUUCUAUCUCUUUCUCCGUCGAUUUCAAGACUUAGGAGGAGAGUAAAUAAGAGCCUCAUCUAUCUGAUUUCUAAGGAUGACUAGAAAGCGCAACAACAGUGAAGAAAGAGAAGAGCAGAACAAGAAACUUCGAGUAGCUCAGGAUAAACUUACCAGUGAUGAAGCGUUGCAUGAAGAUUCUUAUGAAUCCAUUACUCUGAUAAAGUUUGGUGAUUUGACUCUCUCGGAUAAGAUAAUCUUUAAAGAAACAGAUGGUGUUUCCAUUCUAGAUGGUCUCUUGAAUUUUCGCCCUGUUGCUGUGAGAAGAGCGUGUAAGAUAGAUGAACUCUUUGAGAAAGCGGAAGUUGAGAUGAAAAAUCAUUACCAGUGUGAUCAUCAUCCGAACAUCCUGCGCUGUUUUGGGGCAUCUUACGACGAUCGAUUUGUCUACAUUUGUUUUCAACAGUGGAUCUGCACUCUGCGUGAUCUGAUCGACUAUGGUAUUCCUCAAAAGCGUGGAGCCUUUACUGAUCAUCAACUUCGAGGUUUUAUGGCCAACUAUUUUGUUUGGGUUGCACAAGGAGAAGACUAUAAGACUGAUAAUCAUAUCGAUGAAAAUACAAACAUGCCCGGAGAAUUUUCUAUGCAUUCUCAAAACACUUAUGUCGAGAUGGUUACAGAUGCUUUUGAUGGGCGUACGUCAUCUAAUCAGAAUAUGGAAGAAGAGCCCAACGAAGAAACUAAAAAGUUUUUCAACUUGUUAAACGCAAGUCAUGAUCCAAUAUAUGCUGGAUGUCGAGAAGGGCUUUCACAAUUGUCAUUGGCGUCUCGAUAUAUGACUCUGAAAACAGAUUAUAAUUUAUCAGAGAAAUGCAUGGAUUCCAUUGCUCAGAUGAUGAAAGACUACUUGCCUAAAGAUAACAAAGCCCCUGACUCAUACUACGACACAAAGAAAUUAAUGCGAUCUCUGAGUUUGCCUUACGUGAAGAUUGAUGUGUGUCAGAAGAUUAGUGAGGGAUUUGAGAAGAAUGUAGCUGAUCUUUUUGAAGAUGAAAUCCCACCAACCGAGGAGCUAACUCAUGACAAAAAGAAUGAAAUGUAUUUAAAGAUUGUGGAGGCAACAAAUGGUCGUGUGUUCGGUCUAGGAGCUCUUCUCAGUGAAUUCUCCGUCAAAGGUGGAGUUUCGGCUAUCUUUGAAAAUCACGUAGAAAAUGAGGCGGCUUUCAAACAAAAAUUAGAAGAGCUUUAUCAAGAGAAUUUGGAAAUCAAAGAGAGGCUAAACAAGCUUGAAGGACUCGAGAAAAUGCUCGAGUUAUUGUGCCCUCGUCUAUCCUCUACUGGUGUAAACAACUAAGUGAACACUUAGUUGUUUUAGGCUUUUAGGGGUCUUACUCCAGAUGCAGUUUUCAUCAUAUCUUCAAAGAAGACUGUAUUUGCAACAAUUGGAGCUCUUGGUUCGACUUUGCAGCCAAGUAAAAAAAACAGAGAAAGAUUAUUCUGCAGAUGUUUUUGCAUUGGGUUGUUUGGUCUUCUUUGCUUUACUAAAGGGUAAAGAUCCGU